CAACAGUGAUUUUAUUGCAUAAUAACACACACUUUCAGUCCUUCUAUGUUCAAUAGGGAAAAAUGCGGGUCAUGUUAGAAUAAUCAAUCAAACGUAACAAAAUUCUACAUUUACAUAGCUGAUGUUAACAACGGUAUCCAGGUGACUUGUAAGGAAAUGGAAUCUGCGGACUUAACAACAACGCCAACCACCACCACUACUUCCACCACCACCACCACAACAACAACAACAACUACUACAACAGAACCAAAAACGACCUCACAUACAACAACGAUGACAAAUCAAACCUCAACAACACCAGCAACAAGAACACAAAUGCCAAUCACAACAACCCCUUCUUCAACUACAUCUUCAUUACAACCACCAACAACGACGACAACACUAAAACAAACCACAACCACCAAACUUACAACAGAAAAAACACAAAAACCAACGAAAACAACACUAAAACUGUCACCACUUUUACCGUCAACAUCAACAAAAAGAACAACAACAUUAUCCAAAACGACCACUACAAAUCGCAUACCAAGUGAAGGAGGUCUUGAUGGAGAUGAUGAAAAAACAACAUAUGUUACCCUGAUAUUAGCAAUUAAUUUACCGCUAAUAUUAUGUCUUGUUGCCAUCACGUCUUUCUGUCUUUGGUUAAACUGGAGAAGGUAAUGGUAUAAUAUCAUCCAAUAGCCUUUGCAAAUGCGGUACGCUAAAAUAUCCACAGUCAAAAACAGUAUCGUAUUCUUUAGUUGCAUAAUAGGUUUAAUGCCUUAGU